GUUGCGCCGCCUCCGCCGUUCCCGGCCCUCGCCUCUGGGGCUGCCCCGUACAUUGCCUGACCCGUGGCCCGCCAGCUCCUUCUCGCCCGGUCCCAGCCGGAAGGUCCGAGACAGCUCACCUCGGGGGAUCGUCGUGCCCUCAAACCCCGUGGCCCCUCCGGAGCAGGUGGGAGUGGGCGGCGGGCGGCGCGGCAAGGACAAGCACAGCGGACACCCCGGGCGGCGGCGGCGGGGUCCUGGCUGGGGGAGGCCAAGCUUGCGGCGGGGCGCAACGGUGUCUCCUUCACUUCGCCCUCCAGCCGCGUUGGCUGCAGCGCAAUCGCCAGGUAGCGGAGCGGCCUUAACUGCGAGCGGAGCGGCGGCGGCAGCGCCCCUCAGGACACCCGCAGAUCUCCUUUUCCCCGCGGCUUCGCUAUGGCGGACUGUUGUGUACAGACAUGCCCACGGCCAAUGUGUAUCCCUCCAUCCUAUGCUGACCUUGGCAAAGCUGCCAGAGAUAUUUUCAACAAAGGAUAUGGUAAGGACUUUAGUUUUGAUUUUAGCGUUUUUUUUUUUUUUUUUUUUUUUUUUUUUGUGCCAUGCCUCAUAUUGGGAUGUUUUUUGCUGAAAAGAGAAAAUGUGUACUUGGAUCCCUCAGGAAAUUGGCUUGUUUUUCCAGACUGGAUAUCCGCCCUGAGGGCCCGCGGGCCCCAUGGCACGGUUGCGACGCACUCCACGGCUUCUAGAGGUGGUGUCCCUACUGAUGAGGAGCAGGCUACAGGGCUGGAGAGGGAGAUCAUGAUAGCCUCACAGAAGGGACUGGAUCCAUACAAUAUGCUACCUCCAAAGGCAGCUUCGGGCACCAAGGAAGAUCCUAAUUUAGUCCCGUCCAUCACCAACAAGCGGAUAGUGGGCUGCAUCUGUGAAGAGGACAACUGUACCGUCAUCUGGUUUUGGCUGCACAAAGGCGAGACUCAGCGGUGCCCAAGCCGUGGAACCCAUUAUCAGCUGGAAUUUUCAACAUCUGGUUCAUCUAACACGGACACUGGUAAAGUUAGCGGGACCUUGGAGACCAAAUACAAAUGGUGUGAGUAUGGUCUGACUUUCACAGAGAAAUGGAACACCGAUAACACUCUGGGGACAGAGAUCGCGAUUGAAGACCAGAUCUGUCAAGGUUUGAAGCUGACAUUUGAUACUACCUUUUCACCGAACACAGGGAAGAAAAGUGGUAAAAUCAAGUCUGCUUACAAGAGGGAGUGUAUAAACCUUGGCUGUGAUGUUGACUUUGAUUUUGCUGGACCUGCGAUCCACGGCUCAGCUGUCUUUGGUUAUGAGGGCUGGCUUGCUGGGUACCAGAUGACCUUUGACAGUGCCAAGUCAAAGCUGACAAGGAGUAACUUUGCAGUAGGCUACAGGACUGGGGACUUUCAGUUACAUACUAAUGUCAAUAAUGGGACAGAAUUUGGAGGAUCAAUUUAUCAGAAAGUGUGCGAGGAUUUCGAUACCUCGGUAAAUCUUGCUUGGACGUCAGGUACCAACUGCACUCGCUUUGGCAUUGCAGCUAAAUACCAGUUGGAUCCUACUGCUUCCAUUUCUGCAAAGGUCAACAACUCCAGCUUAAUUGGAGUGGGUUACACUCAGACUCUGAAGCCUGGUGUGAAGCUUACACUGUCUGCUCUGGUAGAUGGGAAGAGCUUUAAUGCUGGAGGCCACAAACUUGGGCUUGCCUUGGAACUGGAGGCUUAAUCCAGUUGAAAGAAACCUCUGGGAACGGAUAUCAGAAGAUUUGGCCUUAAUAUAUUUCCAAGUGACCAGCAGGCUCCUCCCCUUCCCCCCAGAAGGUGAUCAAAUCAAAGGAUGAUUAAACAAGAGCUGUAUUUUAAAUAUUUAGACAGUUUCCUGUUGGCUGGUGUUAGUUGGAUGCCGCCGUCGUGCAGUCACCACACCUUAUUUAACUGUAUUUAACUGUUAAAUGUGCUACCCACCAGUGAUGAAAUAGACGUUUAUGAAAACCGUG